AUGUCGAAGCCAAUCAAGGUCUAUGGCCAUGCUUCCGGCCCCAACCCAUGGAAAGUCAUCAUCAUCCUUGAAGAGCUCCGCAUCCCCUACGAAAUCGAAUACAUGGACUUCGGCGACCUCAAAAAAGAGCCCUACCUCAGCAUCAACCCCAACGGCCGCACGCCCUCCAUCCAAGACCUCAACACGGGCAUCACACUAUGGGAGUCUGCGGCUAUAAUCGACUACCUCCUCGAUACUUAUGAUAAAGCCUCCAAACUCCACUCGACCAAGACCCCCGAGAAGUACUAUCAGCAGCAAUGGGAGCACUUCCAGAUGAGUGGGCAGGGGCCGUAUUUCGGGCAGAAGGCUUGGUUUACAUUCUUCCACUCCGAAAAAAACAUCACCUCCGCCAUCGACCGCUACGCCGCCGAGAUCAAACGCGUCCUCGGCGUCAUCGACCUGCACCUCUCCAAGACCUCGCAGCCUUACCUGACGGGCCAGGAGGUGCAGUACGUCGAUCUGAUGUUCGUGCCGUGGAAUGGCAUGGUGCCGUUUCUGAUGGGCGAGGAUUUCGUCAAGGAGUGGAAGGAGACGUAUCCGAGGAGUUUCGAGUGGAAUGAGAAGUUGAUGGCGAGGGAGACGGUCAAGAAGGUUUUUGCUAUCAAGGCGGAGGCGAGUAAGGGGCAUUGA